CGCAAGUCAGGGAUGAGCACAGCGAAUAGCUACGGCCUUGCUUGCCCCAGGGGAUUUUUCUAUCGAAUUCCCUUGAUUUCGACGUGAUUCAUUGUUUGCGAGCAAAAACAAAUUAAAAAAAGAAGAAAAAUAGGGUUGAAAUGGAAGAGGAAACACGUCGUGCAUGAGCUCUUUUUUGGUCUUUUGAUGGCUCGGUCAUGCCCGAUUCAAAGGACAGUUCUACUAGAUGGUGAGCUGACUCGCCAGGUACCCGGUUUGCCUAUGCUGCAGCUAGGAAGACACUUGCAACAGAUAGUGCCAGACGACGUGCAAGACCCAGCAGGUAGUCGCGUUUCUAACAAAUGAUCGCCGGCUGUCCUUGCGGGUGAAUGUAAAAACAACCAUGAACAACCAAGCAAGUAACGUUUUCUGACUCUUGACAUGUAAUGCCGCAACCAACCGGGCAGAUACAUGACUUUUUUUUUUCUUUCCUUCCUUGUCAACCCAUGCCCAAGGAAACGCAUUGAAAAUGACACAUAGAUAGACAUGCGAAUGAGUAGCGGAAUGUCAUGGUGUGCAGGUAUAUAUUUAGUUACACAGCAUUAACAAAUAUAGACUAGACUUAGACUGAAGACGACAUCUAUGGUUAACCAUGCCAAUGUCGCUGGAGUCCCAAAAAACCCGCAGAAAUGUUCCGAUGGCCCCGUUACAGACUUGCAAAAGCCCUGUCGUCCGAACCCCCGGGCUGUCGAUUCAGGAGCGGCUCGUUUCCACGUCCCGGGCCGUUGGGACCGGACGUCGCUCCGGCUCUGCAAGCGUCGCCGAUCUCUCACGACAAGGUUUCACAGAUAUGCGACAGGCUUGA